ACAACCCUCAUCAACACUUCCUCUUCCUCGCGGUGUGAGAUUCGCUUCUUCACAUCUUCUUCGUCGUUCCUUUGCGCCUUGCGUGUGCUUGGUCGUGGUUGCCGUCUUUUCUUUCCCUCCGCUCAUUGUUUGAUUACGCCUUUUGUUCCUCUCAAACCUGAUAGGCGCAGCCCUUCGAAUCAAAACACUUGACGUCCUCUCCCGCCAAACCCCGUAAUCUUCCACUGCUCCCGCGAGUUCAUACACACGCACAUACACACACACACAAUGGGAAACCCAGAAUGGCUUGAAUACGGCGUGCCGACGCUUGACCGUCCUUUUGGCCUGGCUCUAUGGCCCAUUUUCGAAAAGGUCUUUGAGCCCAUUGCGGGCUACAAGCCCCAGGACUUCCGCUUCGAGCAGGGCGUCACACCGCUCUCGACCUUGAAGACGUGUGUUGUCACGCUUCUUGUGUACUACAUUGUAAUUUUCGGCGGCCGGGAGCUUAUGCGCAAUCGCGAGCCCUUCAAGCUCAGCUUUCUUUUCAAGGUGCACAACUUUUACCUCACCGCCAUUAGCGGCACACUGUUGCUGCUUUUCGCCGAGCAGAUCAUCCCCACGGUUGUCAGGAAGGGCCUUUUCUUCGCCAUCUGCGACCAUGAGGGCGGCUGGACGGACAAGCUGGUUAUCCUCUACUACCUCAACUACCUCACCAAGUUCCUCGAGCUGAUUGACACUUGCUUCCUGUUCUUGAAGAAGAAGCCUUUGACUUUCCUCCACACCUACCACCAUGGCGCGACGGCCCUCCUCUGCUACACCCAGCUCAUUGGCCACACCCCCGUCUCAUGGCCCGUCAUCACUCUAAACUUGGCGGUCCACGUUGUCAUGUACUGGUACUACUUCCAGAGCGCCCGAGGCAUCCGCAUCUGGUGGAAGAAGUACAUUACCGUUGGCCAAAUCACCCAAUUCGUCCUUGAUCUUGGCUUCAUCUACUUUGCGUCGUGGACCUACUUCACCAGCACCUACUGGCCCCACAUUCCCAACAUGGGCAAGUGCGCUGGCGAGGAGUUUGCUGCCAUCUCCGGUAUCUGCAUCAUCACAUCGUACCUGUUCCUCUUCCUGGCAUUCUACUUUGCCACAUACAAGAAGCCAAUUCCCAAGGGCCGCCGCAGGGCUACCAGCGCUCUCGUGGAAAUGAAGGACGAGAAGGUGCCCACUGUUGGCGAGGCUCGCAGGCGUCUUUCGAUCACGCGUGGCGCCGCUGCUACUGGAUCCUCGCCCAACGGCACUCCCAACGGCCGGGCGACACGCAGCCGCAAGGCAUAAGGGUGACGUUGUGGCUGCGCAAGCUAAUAGAGGCGCAGCUGGGGGCGCACCAUGCUUGGCUAGAGGAGCUACCAGUUAGGCCUGGCUCCUAUGACUUCGUUCUUGAUGCGCCAUGGCCAUUUGAGGUCGGCAAUUUUGAUACUUAUUGUAAUUGUUAUGUGUGGGGUGGGACGGUUUUGGCUUGCCCCGUGUUACGAUAAAAGCAUGUAAAGAGCAUGGUUGGUCGGUCGGAUUGCAUUAGGACAACGGUGGUGUUGGGAUUGGGCUUUGACAUGGGCAGUCCACGCACGCGUUGUACAAGAUACUCGAAUGACAGAUAAUGCCUAAUAAUGGU